AUGCCGUUUUUGUUGGUGAAGCCACUUAAGAAAAUGCUCAUUAAAAUUGUGAACUAUUUUGCGCAUUUGCAGGUUGCCCCACCACCGGUUCAACAGCUUCCAGAUGAACCUCCGGAGAUGUUAGAUACCCAGUGUGAGGUUUGUGGACUCCCCAACAACGAAGAUCAAUUGUUGUUGUGUGAUCAUUGCGAUCGUGGUUAUCACACUUACUGCCUUCCAAAUCCACUCUCUUCUAUUCCACCUGGAGAUUGGUUUUGCCCCGAUUGUGUGCGCCACCGAAUAGGCAUUGAAAGAACCUCUGAACGUCGGACGCGUUCUAGACGCACCACUAAUACUUUGGCCGAUCGCGAGGCAUUGGAAAGUGAUCUGGACGAGGAAGAUGGCUCCAUCAUGUUUGACGAAGAUUCGGGGGAUGAAUCUUUUCGUCUGUCAGGUGAAAUCUCCGUAUCUACCCAACGGCGAAUGACUAGACAAGCUACUCGCCGCCAUCGUGGCACCAGGCUCCUUCAGGAUACUAUAUCACGACUGGCUGCUCGCAUAUUUUCAGAGGCGAACAAUCGAGAACAACGCCGUCUGCGAUCCAAUAACCGUGGCCGAUCAAGAGCAUCUCUCACGGCGCGUCCGACUGCACCUUCACAAACGGUUCUGGUGCGCAAUUCUGAAUCGGAUCAGUCACCAUCACUGGGGAUCGCAAGAGUAUCCAAUUCAAGUUCACGUGGGACUCAACCCAGGCGAAGCUCGCCCAUUUCCUUGGAUGCCGCGGUAAGCUCUCGUCCUGCUGUUGUGUUGACUCGUUUGUUCUUCUGCUGUGUUCACUGUAACCGCCCCUCCAAUAAGUUCUCUCGAUCUAGAACCGUUUCUCAUCACCGAAUAGACGUAACCAUACUAUCUGCUAUUUUCAAAACCAUUGCGGGAGUCUAUACUGAUCUUAAAUCUAAACAAUUAACGUUUAAAGAAAGCAAAUGUCGAGCAAAUCGGCAUUUUUGUAUUUACUUCUAUUAUUCAUAUACCCUUCGAAUUCUUUGUAUGCUUAAUGGUGGGUAA